CUCAGGCCCUGGCCACCCUACUAGAUGGAAGUUCUAUAGUUCUUGUGGCCAUAGAAUAUGACCCAUGCAUUUUAACCUCAAGGUUGGAUUACUGUAAUAUUUUUAUGUGGGGCUGCCCUUGAAGCUAGUUUGGAAGCUGCAGCUAUUGCAAAAUGAAAUGCUUGGCUGGUAUGUGGUACAGCCUUUCAGAACCUCAUAAGUGUUAUUUCUUCAACAUCUGAGAAAAUAAAGAUAUAGGAAGAAUUAGAGGUAACUCUUCGGUAAUACUUUCGUUUUUAUGGUUGCAGUCAUUCCCAGCGAAGUCAAAUUUAACUUAUCCCAAUAUAAGGUGCUUGCAUAGUUGUUUAGUUCAAUCUCUUACGUUAUGGCUUGCAACUGAGAGAGUACUUUGGAGAUUUUCAAACUCAAGUAUUUGAAUGGUGUUUUAUAAAGAGAAAAAUCCACUAAUAGAGGAACAGGUCUUUUGUAACCAGUUCUUUAGAAUAGUGGGCCUUCAACUGUGGCCUAAGGACCACCAAUGAAUCUUCAUCCACAUUCAGAUUAUCUCCAAAGUCAUGAUGAAAAUAACAGGGUUUCUUUGAAGGUUCCAUCUCAUGUUAAAGAGGGGCCCCAUGGUAACUGUUGCUGAAGAAAAUAAUCCCCUUCAACAAUCACACAGCACCAUAGCAACCAGGACGUCAGCAUGAGACAGCUGCAGGUUUCCAUCCUAAUUUUUGUCCUUCCUUGGGAUCUGAAGCAUUUGAGGGAACGAGGAAUGUACAAAAUAUGUUCUCCCAUCUAAGCUUCAGUUGGAUUAAUGUACAGAUGUAGAAGUCUUUGGAGCAAAUGUGAACAUGCUUUUGAUCCCCAGCACAAUGAGUGACAGAAUUCCUAAUGGAAAACCCAGCUGAACUCUGCAUUAUGCUUAGAAGCAGCCCUUUGAAGCAAAGACCGAAUAUGUUGCUUGCCCAUGAAAUAGAGAACAACGCUGCUCCUUUUCUUACCCCGACUUCAGGGCUGCCGCUACAGAACCACCACCAUACAGAAACAUCUAGCCCUCUGACAAACAGCAAGAUGAUUGCUUUAUCCAAGGAGCAUGGGCUUGAGAAAAAUAGUACAGCCUUGCGGUAUGAGUUGAUGCCAGGAGAAAUCAUAGCAGCCAGCCUGCUUUUUGGGACUUUAUGGUUAUUCUCCAUGUUUGGAAAUUCCCUUGUUUGCCUGGUGAUCCACAGGAGCAGGAGGACUCAAUCUACCACCAAUUACUUUGUGGUCUCCUUGGCCUGUGCAGACUUACUUAUUAGUGUAGGGAGUGCUCCAUUUGUGCUUCUUCAGUUAGCCUCUGGUAGGUGGACACUUGGAAGCAUGAUGUGCAAGCUAGUAAGAUAUUUUCAGUAUCUCACACCUGGUGUUCAGAUCUAUGUGUUGCUUUCCAUCUGCGUGGACAGAUUCUACACUAUUGUCUAUCCACUAAGUUUCAAGGUGUCCCGGGAAAAAGCCAAGAAAAUGAUUGCAGCAUCUUGGAUCUUUGAUGCUGCAUUAGUGUCUCCAGCUUUCUUUUUUUUUGGAUCAGGCUGGGACAACCAUUGCAACUUUUUCCUGCCAUAUUCUUGGGAUGGGGCCAUUUACAGCAUCAUCCAUUUGUUAGUGGCUUUUCUGAUUCCAUCUGUUCUUAUCGUUCUGUUUUACCAAAAAGUAAUAAAAUAUAUUUGGAGGAUAGGUACAGAUGGUAGAACGGUUCGAAGGACGAUGAAUAUAGUUCCAAGGACAAAGGUGAAAACUAUCAAGAUGUUCCUAAUGUUAAAUUUACUUUUUCUGCUCUCGUGGCUUCCAUUUUAUGUGGUUCAACUUUGGCAUCCACUUGAGACAGACUACAGAAAGAGCUCUUUGGUUUUUAUGUCAGUCACUUGGAUAUCCUUUAGUUCCUCAGCUUCAAAACCUACUUUGUACUCUGUGUAUAAUGCAAACUUCAGAAGAGGUAUGAAGGAGACCUUCUGCAUGUCCUCCAUGAAAUGCUACCGAAGCAAUGCAUAUACUAUCACCACCAGUUCAAAGAUAGCAAAAAAAAAUUACGUUGGGAUCUCAGAAAUCCCUGCACCAGCCAAAACUGUUUCCAAAGACUCCAUCUAUGAUUCAUUUGAUAGAGAAGCAAAAGAGAAAAAGCUUGCCUGGCCUAUUAAUUCAAACCCACCAAAUACAUUUGUUUAAUUAAUUCCAGUUCUUUCAACAACUAUUUGUACAACAGGAGCAAAGAACUUCUAACAGAUUCUAUUAACAUUGGGGACGGGCUUGCAUACAAUUUGGCAGGGAAAAUAAAUGUUUUCUUUUAUUAAAUCCAUUGACUUUAUU